UCUCGGAGAAGAUAAACAAAAAGGAAGGAAGCCUUCGGCCAUACAAUCGCGGCAAAAUCGGUUCGAAAUUUUAACCUGCGAGCUACAGUUAGCAGCUACAUGUGUCAUUUUGUCGCUUAGACAUUUAACAGUCACGCGUUCACAAUCAUGGACGAGUCCGUGGUGUUUCGUAUGAGUGCAUUCUCCGAGCAAGGAGGGAGGAAAUACAUGGAGGAUGUUGUCGAGAUAAGAAUCGAGUACGAACCGACGCCGUCGCCAGUCGAAGAUUAUCCAAAGUCGCAGAGGCAUGGGGGAGAGGGGAAAGCCGAGGGCGAACCCGACAAACGGACUGAAAAUGAGACACCGGACCACGACGUUCCCGCCGAGACCGGACCGGUCUCUGCUAUGUGGGUAGAGAGCCUGUCGAAUGAGGACAGCGGCAACAACAGUGCGCCGGCAUCCGAGGGAAAAGUCGCGGAGCCUACAGUCGACACCCGGAGGUCUGUGGCGUUUUUCGCCGUGUUCGACGGCCACGGGGGCCGAGAGGCAGCGCACUUCGCCAGGGAGAAUCUGUGGGAACUGCUGAAGAGGCAGCGGGGGUUUUGGUCGAAGGAUCACAGUGAAGUGUGCGCUGCUCUUCGGAAGGGCUUCAUCGCCUGUCACCAUGCGAUGUGGAAAGAGCUACCGGAGUGGCCAAAGACCAUCACUGGCCUGCCCAGCACAUCAGGCACCACGGCCAGCGUGAUCGUAAUCCGUGGAGUUCACAUGUAUGUCGCCCAUGUAGGGGAUUCGGCAGUGGUAGUUGGAGUGAAGGAAAAUGACUCUGAUAUCACACUCCAGGCUCUUGAAGUAACACAAGACCAUAAACCUGAGCUUCCUAAAGAAAAAGAGAGGAUUGAACGACUGGGUGGCAGUGUAAUGAAGAAAUCUGGCGUCAACCGUGUCGUGUGGAAGAGGCCCAGGCUGACCCAUAACGGCCCAGUGAGGAGGAGCACCGUCAUUGACCAGAUCCCCUUCCUGGCUGUGGCCCGAUCCCUCGGUGAUCUGUGGAGCUACGAUUUCUAUAGUGGCGAGUUUGUGGUUUCUCCGGAGCCUGAUACCACCGUGAUGACCCUCGACCCCAAACGCCAUCGCUACAUCAUCCUCGGCAGCGAUGGACUAUGGAAUAUGAUGCCGCCCAAGAAUGCUGUUAAUAUGUGUUAUAGCCACGACAAAAUGGUGGGACCAAAGGGAAUGUCUUGCGCCCGCCGUCUGGGUUGCACCGCUCUGCUGUUUUGGAAAGAACGCAUGCUCCGUGCAGACAACACAACAGUUAUCGUCCUGGCCCUCCAGGAGCGCGGAGGCCCACCUAUACCUAUGCAUCGAGAUGAGAUUGUUGUCGACAUGUCAACGGGAAUCGACCACGUUCCGUACCCAGGAACUACUUAUAACACGUGUGAGGUCCCGAAGCGGAGUGAUGCAUCAAAUGCUCCCUCCCCCUUCCAAGACAGUUGCACAACUCUGGAGCAGGCAUUUGGGCUGUACGAAGCAGCUUUCUGUGCCACCGCACAGCUCUUACCUGACAUAGACUCUGUGAGGGCCCCGCUGCCCCCCUCAGACGGUUCGGCGAAUGUUUUCGAAAAGCAAGACUCGACAACCCAAAUGGACUGCGCUGCCUCCACUCCUCCGUCGAAAAGGUUUCGCCGUUCUCCGCACACCCCCCCAGAACUCAGAGGUCCUCCCCGUCGGCUCGGCCGGUCCUCCAACAAAGGCUUGCCCGAGGAGACGCCUCAUAGCAAUGUACAAAGUGAACAAGCCCAUAAAACUGAUAAUGGGGAAAAAGGCUCAUCCGAGGACUGCGGCAUCCUACCACAGCACCACAACUCUGCCUUGUGUGUGUGCUGAAUCACAGAAACAUUGUUCUUGCCCUGAGACUAUAAGGAUCUGCACCGUUUGCUCAUGUAUCAGGUGUGCCACAGGCCUCUACUCCUAGAUGUAUACUUUUUAUACAAAGUCUUUGUUUUUGUACAUAUGUGAGAAAUUUUAAACGUGUUGCUGUUUUGACCUUCUCGCUCUUCUUCCUGCCCUCUCCCUUUGAUUUUAGCGUGACCCUUAAAUUUUAAAUAUUAGAUCUGUUCAAUCUACACAAUCUAUUUUCAUACUUAUGAGUAUGUAUAGUAUAUCCAGAAGACGUAUUUUGAAGAAUCAUUACAAUUUGACGUGACACGAGUUCAGCAGAAUUGUGACACAUGCAGUCCAGUUCAGAUAUUUACCAAAACAAUAUUUUGACCCUCAGACCAGUUGUUUGGAAUCGCUCCUUCCCACAUGAAAUGCAUUACUAGUCGUAAUACGAGGGUGAAAAAUAACAGAAGAAACUUUACAAGCGAUGGUCUGAGGUAUUUUUGAGCGUGUUGAUUUGAAAUGUGUAUUAUUUGUUUCGGUGUCUCUACCAGUAACUAAAUAUGUACUGUCGUGGCAUCCGAGUUGCUAGUCUUCUAACUAAUGUAUCUUAUGCAUCGCUUAUGAGGCGGAGUUAAAGGGUCAGUUCACACAAAAUCUGGAAAAAUACACACAAAAGAAAACAUUAAAGGUGCAAUUAUAUACAUAUAUAAGAAUUGGCCAACUGUUUAAUUUGCACUCACAACAAAUAAGGAGCAGCAUAUUUAACAGAGUAACCGCUAACUGCUGCCGUCAGCUAGUUAGCUCAGUUAGCUGUGUGGCUAGUGGCCCGGCUGGGGAGCUCAAAGCACCCGGAAAGUGUUUGCACAGAAUUUCAGAUGGGCCAGGUCUUACAGAAUGCACCUUUUAAACAUGUUCUCUCCCUCGGCAUCGUGGUAUCUAUCCAUAUUGGUACUGUCCAUACGUGUAUUUUAGUGAACUGACCCUUUAAGAGUCAUAUCCAUUACAGACUUCUCCCACCUCAUAAUUUGCCCUAUUAAAUGACUGUUGUAUACCAUUUUUUAAAAACAUUUUGGGCCUGUCUAAGUAUUUUAAUUGAUGGUACAAUCAGAAGUCCAGCUUGUUGGGUAAUGGUACUGUAUGUUGAUGUAAAAAGCCAAGGUCAGUCUCUGUACCUCACUGGAAUAUGAGUCGUCCUUUCCUUUCCUCCUUGAUUUUUUUAGUAUUUGGAACUGUCCAUUUCCCAGUUGAAGUGUCCACUAAGCCCCAACACCAUUUUUGAAUAGGUCUUCCUCUGCCUCGUCUCAUAUAUUAUACCCUCGUGCAUGAUGUGCAUCCAUAACUUGUGGUUUUUAAUCUGCACAUAAACACCUUUUUGCUAUAUGUCUGGAAUACAAGAAGUGCCCGAUUCAUGGUAAUAUAUGUAAAGUGAAAGUGAUCAAAGCUCUAACUUGUGUUAACAUGGCAGCUCAGUUUACCAUUGUAGCUGAUUUGUUUGCCUUUCUGUUUUUUUUUUGUUUUUUUCAUAAAUGUCAUGUUUGCCUUAGCACAACUGAGUCAGAGGUGCUUUUUUUUCCAAAUGUCUUCAAAGCAGGUGAGGAUCUCCAGGCUGCGUCAGUGUCAGUGCGACCACGGCCCUGCCUCGAGUAUCUGUCAUGCACUUUCCGUUUCUUUCACCGACAUCACGUCGCCAUUCGCGCUGCAGCUCACUGAAACCCUGUCGAUGUUUUCCAAUUAUAUUACAAAGCAGUUGUUUUUUUGUACAGUACGUCAUUAUGCAAUAGAAGUUUGUACAGUACAUUAAUAUGCAAAGUAAGUGGGGUUUCUUUCAGGAGUCUGGCAUGCUCAGAUCUGCUCUGUUUGUUGUGAAGUUGUUCAGAGGUAAUGGAUGUUAAACUUCGGGUCUGGCUCCGAGUAUCCACUGCAGCCAGUUUUUCAGGACUAACUGUAUAAGUGAAAUGCUUUGAAAGUGACUGGAUAUACAGUGUCCGUGUGAUGUAAUAAAGUUCUCAUUUUCCAAC